GUACCCAGAGCAAGGAGCCAAGCUGCACUUCAUCAGGGAAAACCUUCAUUUGCUGGAGGAAGGCCAAGGCCUCCAGCGAGAAGAGCUGGAUGAACGCAUUGCUAGGGAGGAAUUUAGGCGACCUCGUGAGUCCUUGCUGAAUAUCUGUACUGAAUUUUAUAAGCACUGUGGCCCCCGUCUGAAGAUUUUGCAGAAUCUUGCUGGUGAGCCGAGGGUGACUUCCUUAGAGCUGCUGGAUGUUAAGUCUCAUAUGAGGUAUUAUUUUAAAAAUGCAUGACUCUUUGAAACUGUACAGUAUAUAUCAACUGUAGAAGUAGG